AUGAAUCUACAUGUUGAAGUAGUUAAUGACAUUAAAGAUGUUUUGGAUUCUUAUAAUGUUUUGGUUAAGUCUUUCCGUAUGGCAAAGUCAUUUAUUCAUUCCAACCCACAAGGUGAAAUUAAAAUGAGGCUUAUUGGUAAAAGGACAACAGAUGCAAGAACUUAUUCAUUACCAAAUGCUUCAGAAGUGGCAGCUCUCAUUGUUGGAGACCUAGACCCUACCAUGGGUGAACGUGACAUUUUGGUAGAGAGUACAUCUAGAGUACUAAAAAGAAUAAGUGAAUUAAACCCAUCAUAUUUGCCAUUGCAAUAUCCAAUUUUAUUCCCAUAUGGUGAAGAUGGCUUUAGGGAGGAUAUACUUUUCUCAAGAAAUGUUGCUGCAAAUACUUUCGCAAGAAAGAAUGUUUCACAAAGGGAGUAUUUUGCUUUCCGUAUCCAUGAAAGGUUGGAUGAGAUCUCAACUUUAAUAUAUGCUAGGAGGCUGUUCGAACAAUUCUUAGUUGAUGCGUACACAAUGAUAGAAUCUUCUAGGCUUAUUUACAUAAGGUCAAAUCAAAAAGCUUUGAGAUGUGAGGCAUACAAAGGACUUUCCGAUGCCUUGACGCGAGGUGAAGUUGAACCUAGCUCCCAAGGGAAAAGAAUAAUAUUACCCUCAAGUUUUACAGGCAGAGCACGGUACAUGAUACAGAAUUAUCAAGAUGCAAUGGCUAUUUGUCGGUUUGUUGGUUACCCAAACCUUUUCAUUACAUUUACAUUUAUAUAUACAAUAGAGUUCCAAAAACGAGGGUUGCCGCAUGCUCACAUAUUACUAUUCCUAGAAAGAAAACAAGAGUUCUCCAACCCGUCUUUCAUGGACUCAAUAAUUUCAACUGAAAUCCCAGAUAAACACAGGGACAUGGAAUAUUAUCAAGCAGUUGAAGAAUUUAUGGUCCAUGGUCCGUGCGGUCAUGCAAAAAGGAAUUCACCGUGCAUGGUAAAUAACAAGUUUUCAAAGCAAUUUCCCAAAAAAAAAAUCAUUAAUGAAUCCCAAUUUGACCAAGAUGGGUAUCCGUUGUACCGGAGAAGGGAUGAUGGUCGAACGGUAAAGAAAAACGGAAUAGAGUUGGAUAACCGUUAUAUUGUUUCACACAAUCGGUAUCUACUCUUGAGGUUCAAAGCCCAUUGCAAUGUGGAGUGGUGUAACCCGUCGCGGUCUAUAAAAUACUUAUUCAAGUAUGUUAACAAAGGCAAUGACCGGGUGACUGCAGAAUUUUAUAAAACCACUGUUGAUGAUAUCGGUAAGGAAUUGGUUGAUGAGAUUAACAUGCAUUAUGACUGCCGAUACAUUUCAGCAUGCGAGGCAACGUGGCGCUUAUUAAAUUUUGAAGUUCAAUACAGAACACCACCAGUUGAGAGGUUGAGUUUCCACCUUCCUGAUUGUCAAUCAGUGAUCUUCCAAGAUGAUGAUAGAAUUGACCAUGUUUUAAAUAGGGAGACUGUUGGACAAAGUAUGUUUAAUGGGUGGUUUAUAGCAAACACAAAGUACCCAGAAGCUAAGAUGCUAACUUACAUUGAGAUGCCUAUGAAAUUUGUAUGGAAAAAGGACAUUCAUGAAUGGCAACCGAGAAAAAAAGGCUUCUUAGUGGGUCGUAUCUUCUAUGUCCCACCAGCAUCAGGCGAAAUUUAUUAUUUAAGGUGCUUACUGAACAUAGUUCGUGACCCUACAAGUUUUAAAGAUAUUAGGACUUUGAACGGUGUAGAGUACAUGACCUUUCGGGAUGCCUGUUAUGCUCAUGGUUUACUAGAUGAUGAUAGAGAGUACAUUGAUGCUAUAAAUGAAGCCAGCUAUUGGUCAACAACUCAUUCGAUAAGGAAGCUCUUUGUGAUGCUACUGACUUCAAGUAGCAUAAUUAGACCGAAAAAUGUUUGGAAUGAGGUUUGGAAACAUUUGUGUGAAGAUGUUCAACAUAAUCAAAGAAGAAUCUUACAACAACCAGAUUUGGUACUAACAGAUGAAGAGAAGAGAAACAUGGGUCUGAUUGAGUUAGAAAAGAUUUUAGAAUUACAAAAUAAGUCCUUAAAAGACUUUCCAUAA